AUGAGUGAUGGAGAUCAAACAAAGCCUACCGUAAAGGGAUCUGACGCCGAAAGUGAUUCUAGUGAUGAUUUUGGAAAUUUUUCGGAUGCUUCAGUGGAAAACGACCUCUAUGACCAGGAUUCUGCUGUCGCAAUAUCUUCCGAAUCCGUGGUAGAUAACUGCCUGAAUGAGAUACUGCCAGAUGUGGGUGAAUGCAAUAUGGGAGAAGGAACAGCAAAGGACGAUUGUUUUAAGCUGAGUAAGUUGAUCGAAGAUGAGCGGCCCCAUGUAAUUUAUGAACAACUCAUACAAUUAGAUCCCGUGUUACAGCCAUUCAUAUGGAAUAAGUCUCAUAUACGGAGAAACUUGCUGCACAUCUUGAGAAUAUCUGAUCCUGAUGGCUCUGAAGAUGCUGGUCGAAAGAGGCAGGAAGAGCCACUAAAUGAUGAACUGUUUAAGAGGAUAUGCGACAUAGUGGAAAGAAAUGAACAAACGGCCACUGGAUUGUUCUUGAGGGACAAUUUCAAAAUCGACUACACGCCGCCAAUGACUUUGAAAUCUCUUAAAAUUGAAGAAGAGCGUGAACAAGAGCAACGUAUACCGCAAUUGCUUGCCGCCAUAUUCACUGAUAUGGAUGAAGAAUCCUUACGCCAAUACCAUGACGCGUUGUGUCAAUCUAUUGACUUUCUUGUAAGUAGAUCAAAAUGUCUGAAGAAAAAACAACAGGACCUUCUUAGGGAUAAGACAACCUUUGAAAAUGUUGUAACGAACUUGACGGGACACACUCAAAGAUUACAGAGAGAUGAAAUAGCGCUGUAUAACAAGAGGCGAAACAAAAAGAAAAGGUUUAGCUGGGUUGGAUACUAA